AUGAGUGGACGAAUGCCCAUGAUGGGAAACCCGACCGUCCUGGUCCUCAGGGAGGGUACCGACACGUCUCAGGGCACUCCCCAGCUCCUCUCCAACAUCUCCGCCUGCCUCGCCAUUGCCAACACGAUCUCGUCGACGCUCGGCCCGCGCGGCAUGGACAAGCUGAUCGUCGGCUCGAACGGCCAGACCACCAUCUCGAACGACGGCGCAACCAUCCUCAAGCUCCUCGACGUUGUCCACCCCGCCGCAAAGACCCUCGUCGACAUCGCGCGUGCACAGGAUGCAGAGGUCGGAGACGGAACGACGAGUGUUGUGCUGCUGGCGGCGGAGCUCAUGAGGGAGGCGCGGCCGUUCAUCGAGGACGGCGUCAGCCCGCACGUCAUUAUCAAGGGGUACCGCAAGGCGGCUGAGCUGGCCGUUGCCCGUGUCAAGGAGCUGGCAGUGACUGUUCAGGCGUCUGACGAAGCAGACUUCCGCUCGCUGUUGAUGAAGUGCGCCUCGACCUCGAUGUCCUCCAAGCUCAUCCACUCCUCCAAGCCCUUCUUCUCCAACAUGGUCGUCGACGCCGUCCAAACUCUCGACCCUUCAUCUCUCGACGCCUCGCUCAUCGGUAUCAAGAAGGUUCCCGGCGGAGGAAUGGAGGAGAGCAUGCUCGUCCGCGGCGUUGCGUUCAAGAAGACGUUCUCGUACGCUGGCUUCGAGCAGCAGCCGAAGAAGAUCCAGAACCCCAAGGUUCUGUCUCUGAACGUCGAGUUGGAGUUGAAGGCGGAGCGGGACAACGCAGAGGUGCGGGUGGAGCAGGUCUCGGAGUACCAAGCGAUUGUCGACGCCGAGUGGUCCAUCAUCUACCGCAAGCUCGAGCUCAUCGCCGACUCGGGGGCGACCGUCGUCCUCUCUCGUCUUCCCAUCGGCGACUUGGCGACGCAGUACUUCGCCGACCGCAACAUCUUCUGUGCGGGCCGUGUCGCGUCAGACGACCUGAAGCGAGUCGUCUCUGCUGUUGGCGGUGCGAUCCAGUCGACCGUUUCGGACCUCCGCCCCGAACACCUCGGUACCUGCGACGUCUUCGAGGAGAAGCAGAUCGGUGCCGAGCGGUACAACUUGUUCGAGGGGUGCCCGAAGGCGAAGACUUGCACGCUUAUUUUGAGGGGCGGAGCGGAGCAGUUCAUCUCGGAGGUUGAGAGGAGUUUGAACGAUGCGGUGCAGGUCGUGCGGAGGGCUGUCAAGAACGGAACUGUCGUUGCCGGUGGUGGUGCGACCGAGAUGGAGAUCUCGGCCUACCUCCGCUCUUACGCCCGCACCCUUCCCGGCAAGCAGCAGCUCAUCAUCUCGUCCUACGCCAAAGCCCUCGAGGUCAUCCCCCGCACGAUCUGCGACAACGCCGGCCUCGACGCCACCGACGUCCUCAACAAGCUGCGCAUGCUUCACGCGCGAGGCGGGACCUGGGCCGGCGUCAGUGUCGAGCCGUCGACGGAGCAGGGCAAGGACGAGGAGGAGGGCGUCGCGAACAACAUGGACCGCUUUGUUUGGGAACCGGCGUUGGUCAAGAGCAAUGCGCUCGAGGGUGCGACCGAGGCGGCGUGCGUCGUGCUGAGUGUCGACGAGACGGUGACGAGUCCUCAGGCGCAGCAAGCACAAGGUGGAGGAGCACCCGGAAGGGGCGGCAUGGCGGGUCGUGGACGUGGUCGCGGGCGGUGA